AUGAGCAACCGCUCACCACUUGUGCAACUUCUGAACAAUGACGCAAGAAAACUCAAGAAUUUCGUCUUUUCCAGUUUUGGAUGGGAAUACGAAGGAAGUUUCAUAUCUGCAGCAAGUGUUAAAUGCAACGCCGCCUUCUUGGAAGCUUUCCAAGACUUGCGAGCUUAUCGGUGACGCAAUCAGCGAGCGCAUUUGAGCAUUGCAAAUGCUGUAAUUGGUUUGUUUUCAAUUCGAAUCCUUUUUUACUUCGUGACAAUUGAAUUUCGCUAAUUUUUGAAUAGUUUAGGGCGGAGGGAAAUUUCCGAGUUGCAGCAAAUUUGCAGUAUAAAAAGGAUGUUUUGUAAGCGUUUUUUCACAACAGCUCAUUUGUUUUGCAGUAGGUGUAUACGUCCUACGCCGCGUUAUACUACAUACUGCUUGAAGGCUUUUGACUUUAAGCAGCCUUUCUAGUAGUCCUACCAUCUUUCCUAUUCUUUACAUUACUGUAUAUUUCUACUUUCAGAAUGAGAGUUUUCUUCGUCGCCAUGCUCUUGGUCAGCGCCGCUUCGGCCUUCUUGUUCCCUGCUCCGGCUAACAACUGCUGCCCACCACCACCACCUCCACCAUGCGGAUGCGGAGGAAAGUAA